CAAAUGUGCCAGUUUUUCGUGGCCAAUUUGCCAUGUUGCGACCUGAAUUAUAGAUAGGCAUAGCCCUGCCGCAAACCCGGCCUUUCGUGUGGCGUGUUGGAGGAGUCGGGGAGUCACGCUCAUGCAGGUGCAAGGAGGUGCCUCUCUAGCAACGCCCUCAUCUUAUGAAGUCUGAAAUUUAGACUUGUCGCACAGUACUUAUUCGCUUCCCGUAUCGCAAGGCUUGGUUCAGCAAGCUGCAAUAGUUUUGUGUUAUCGAGCCCAGCAGGAUGCCCCGCAAAACCGGUUACCAUACACGCAGCAGCACUAGUACACUGACGCUUGGUGACCCAGACGUGGGGACUGCCACCUGGGGCAGUGAGUACGACACGGAGUUUCUUGAGAGUUUCCGGCGCGAGCAGCGUGCGGCGGAGGCGACCGCCACGGCCUCGCGCCGCACAGAACUGCGCACGCCGCGCUCGCUGAAGAAGGGAUUUGUGCACAACGAGGACUACGAGAAGCUGGACUCGCAGUACGCUGCCUCGCUGUCCGCCUACCGCGACCUGGAGCUGCAGCUGGGGCAGCUGGAGCAGCGCCUGGACACCGUGCACGGCAGCGAGACUCUGUUCAUGCGCGCCGUGUCGGAUCAGCAUGAGCUGGUGGACACACUGCAGCACCAGGUGGCGGGUCUGACGGACAGCCUGGGGCGGCUGCUGGGCAAUGUGGAGCGCAGCAAGUCGCUGAUGAGCCUCAUGAGCACACUGCAGGAGGCGCCGCCGGCACAGGUGGUCACCGGCAGCAAGAUGAUGCACGAGUCGGACGUGUCUCGGCGGCUGAGCUCUCUGGAGUCCAAGCUGGGAGACAUGGCCGCAGCCAUCACCACACUCAGUGCCACGCAGGCGCGCACGCUGGGCACGCUCAAGCAGCAGACCAGCCUGCUGCGCCAGAGCACCAGCGGCGGGCCGGGCGGGUCAGGCGGCCGCGCGGGGCUGAGGGCGGUUCCGGAGGACAUCGAGAAGCUGCCCAACCCCACUCGACUCACCUCGUCACAGGGGUUCUGGAAGCCGUAAGGGGACCCGGCUGUUAGGUUGCGGCACCGGUCGAGAGGGCACCCCGACCAUGGACACCUCGACCAACCGCAGCAGAGCAAGGUGAAGCAGGCCCUUGAUCAGGGUUUGCCCCCGUGGAAAAUAAUUUUGAGUGUUAGUAUGGCAGGACCUGCACUUGGUGUGGAGAGGGCCGAAUGCCAGCAAAGCAGGCGGCGCCGAGUGCGGCCGGGGGCGCGGCGGGCCGAUGCGGUGUGGAGAGGGCCCGAUGCCAGCAAAGCAGGCGGCGCCGAGUGCGGCCCGGCGCAGCGGCGGGCCGAUGUGGCGUGGAGAGGGGCCCGAUGCCAGCAAAGCAGGCGGCGCCGAGUGGCGCGGGGGCUCCACACUUGAUUGCGUGUCACGCGGUUUUGGUUGCGAAAGUUGAAGGCACUAUCGUGCUUUAUGUGUGAAGCUUGUUGGGGGGAGCUUUGAGCAGGAGGCUGCUGAACUCGGCGCACGCAAUCUAAGGAGGCCGCGGAGUUGGACUUGCCUCUUGUUGACCUGACGGGCGCCCACCUGCAGUCGUUUGCAUUACAUAUUAUA